GAAAAUUAAGCGUGAUUGUAGCAUUCUGAAUUGAACUGUACCAGAAUAACUAUGAAGUUUAUAUAAACUCUGAUAGCAAUGAAAUUAUAUGACAAGAAUCCUGUUCAGAAAAGUAAAAAGAGUUUUUAAAAGCGUUAAGGGUGGCGCUAUUUUGUUCCUAAAACACUAGCCCUUGAAAGCCGAGGCUGUGAAUCGGCGCCGCCAGAAGCCUUUGAGAAAAAGGACAGGACAGUUCCAUGGUGCUGAAACCUACGGAAAGGUAGCGAAACAUUUUUACUGAGAAGGGGUGUGCAUAACGUACAUCUGUCUGAACAUGUUUUGGAAUAACGUUCUCUCUGGAAAAAUAUGCAAUUCCAACUGAUGUGUUGCGUGUUGCACACAACGGUGGGUUCCGCUGUAACAAUGGAGUCUCUGAAAAGGUGCGUGCUGCUAAAUAUUUGUAUUAUAUUCUUACUCGUUCAAAGCAUGUCGACAUCAGAGAUUCAUUAUUCUAUACCCGAGGAAAUGAAAGAAGGCUCUGUUGUCGCCAACCUCGCUACCGAUCUCAGUCUGGAUGUUAAGACACUAAAUCAGAGGAAGAUGCGACUCGACAUCAUUGCUAACAAGAGAUAUCUGGAUGUGAACAAAGAGACGGGGGAACUGUAUAUUGUGGAGAAGAUAGAUAGAGAAUACAUUUGCAACAGCAAGUCUUCGGCGUCUUGUUAUCUCAGACUAGAGGUAAUUUUAGAGAAUCCAGUACGAAUAUCUAAUAUCGAGGUGGAGAUCAUGGACAUGAACGACAACGCCCCACAAUUUCGAAGAGACACCAUAUAUUUAGAUAUAUCAGAAGCGACACCAAAAGGAGAGACAUUUUCUCUCAGCAAUGCAGUUGAUCCCGACGUUGGAACUAAUUCACUUAAAACGUAUUAUCUUACUGAAAGUGAAGAUUUUAAUAUUAAGAUUCAGACCGGGAGAGACGGAUCUAAAUUCGCCGAGUUAAUCUUAACAAAAACACUGGAUCGGGAGCAAAAAGCGGUUCAUAAUUUAAUACUGACGGCUGUAGAUGGAGGAAAACCUGCUCGAUCUGGUACAGCUAGCGUUAUUGUCCGCGUAUUGGAUACAAAUGAUAAUGCUCCUACAUUUGACGAAUCAGUGUACAACAUAAAAAUAAUGGAAAAUUCUCCGAUUGGAAGUCUCGUUAUUCAUCUCAACGCAACGGAUUUGGAUGAAGGAUCGAACUCGGAUAUAACGUACUCAUAUAGUUUAUAUACGUCUGAAAAAACACAAGAAACGUUUAAUCUCAAUCCUUCUACAGGUGAAAUUACAGUUAAGGGGAUGUUGAAUUAUGAGGAUUUCAGGAUUUAUGAUAUGGAAGUUAUAGCAACAGAUAAAGGAGCCAACAGUUUAUCAGGACAAUGUACCAUAAAGAUUGUAGUUGAAGACAUGAAUGACAACCACCCAGAAUUAUCUAUCAAAUCAUUUCAAAGUCCAGUCAGUGAAAACAUUGAGUUAGACACAGUGAUAGCUGUAGUUAGUAUCAGUGAUAAAGACUCAGGUGAUAAUGGAAAGGUUGAUCUGCAUAUUCCAGGUAACAUGCCUUUCAAACUGAGGGAGUCCUCUGAUAACUAUUAUGAGUUAGUGGUGUCAGAGCAAUUAGACCGUGAGAAGGUCCCAGAAUAUGACAUCACGUUCACAGUCACAGACAGAGGUUCUCCUCCUUUAUCUGACAAUGAGACUAUGACUUUAGAGCUGCUGGAUGUUAAUGACAAUGUUCCACAGUUCCCCCAGUCGUUUUAUACUAUACGUGUAAUGGAGAAUAACGCACCUGGAGCCCUGCUUAGCUCACUCACUGCGUUUGACCCUGAUCUCCAUGAAAACCAGUAUCUAGUUUACUUCAUCAUAGAGAGGGAGAUUGUCAACACUUCCAUGUCCAUGCUGUUCUCCAUUAAUCCAGAGAAUGGUAAUCUUUACGCUCUGAAAACGUUUGACUAUGAGAUUGAGAAUGAGUUUCUUUUCCACAUCGAGGCCAGAGACUCUGGUUCUCCUCCACUCAGCAGUAACGUGACCGUCCACAUCAUUAUUGUGGAUCAGAACGACAAUGCUCCAGUCAUUGUCUCUCCAUGGCGUGCACACGGCUCGGUGGUGGAGGAAAAGAUCCCCAGAUCCACUGAUAAAGGCUCCCUGGUUGCUAAGGUGAUAGCCUUAGAUACAGACUCGGUGCACAACUCUCGGAUUACCUACCAGUUUCUACAAGUGACUGAUGCCAGUUUGUUCAGUCUGGACCAAUACAACGGAGAGAUCCGGACUAUGAGGAUGUUCAGUUACAAAGAUCCACGUCACCUCAGACUGGUUGUUGUUGCCAAGGACAACGGACAGCCCGCUCUCUCAGCUACAGUCACCAUCAAGCUGAUCACAGUGGAGACUGCUGUUAAGACCUACUCUGACAUGACUGAGAUGCCUCUGGAAUACGACAUCUUUUCAGACCUGAACCUGUAUUUGCUCAUCGGUCUGGGCUCAGUGUCAUUUCUGCUGCUGAUCACCAUCCUUGUCACCAUCGUGCUCAAGUGUCAGAGUCCCAAAGGCAGUAAACCGGCUCCUCCCAGCAGGAACAGUGUGAUCAGUGAGAGGAACUCCACCAUUGCAGACUCCACUCUGGUCUCCAACGAUGCCUACUGGUACAGUCUGUUUCUAGCUGAGACCAGGAAGGGAAAGAUGGUGGUUAGACAGCCUCUGCCGAAGGGCUCCCGGUACAUCGUGUCCAGUUUACCAAGAGGAACUGGACUGACCGAUACUAGUGACUCAGCUGCUUCCACCCUGCAGUACCCUAAAUGAGGAAAGUCCACUCAGCAGAUGGAGGCAUCCACCACUAGCAGCAGCAGUUCCACGUAAGACCAUCCCUCCUGCUGUUUACGGUGAUGAUGCUAACAGGAAAGCUUCAUGGAAGAAAGGAGGAACAGCGUAUCAGCUACUGCUCCUCUCUCUCCACCCCCACUUCCCACAUCAAACCUGCUCAGUCUGCUCUUUUUUAGUCGCUCCGUGUGUAGCUGUCAUGCUGUAACACCAAUGGACUAUGACUUAUCUAAUAACAAGCCCCACCCCUCUCCUUCUUUAAGCACACGAAAAAAAUAACAAUGCCUUUAUGUCCAAGUGUUAUGCAUGAUGUGACUGCAUGACUUCAGCUACUGCCAUACAAAGGUCUUUCAAGAAGAGAUGCUCACAAAUGAGCAGACUGUAAAAAAAACAUAUGCACCUGUGAAUAUUUAAAGAAGCCACUACAAGGACUGUAAGGGUGGAUGGGAAAAUGUUGAAAUGCCAUAGAGAGACUGUUUUCCCUUUACAUAAAAGUUGUUACCUGUCUUUCAUCCGACUCCAUAACAGCAUUAAUGUAUAAUAUAAACUGAAAAGGUGAAAAAGAUUUCUCAGUAAAACAUUAACAUACAAUAAAAACAGGAAUAAAAAAAAAAGAAUCAGUAUUUCAUAAACGUGGUAGAUUUUAGUCAUUUUAUGGUUUUCACUUUAUUCUUUUGUGCUUUAAAAGUAAGAAAGGCCUAAAUAUGAAGGGGGUUGCUGACUUUAUGCAACGCUGAACAAAGAACAAGGCCUUUUGCCAUCAUGCCUUUCAGUUGUUUCGGCAUGGAAUAAUCAAAGUAUUUCAAUAGCUUUAGAUGUUUAAAUGGUAUUGAACAUUUCCAAAUUUUCCAGUUUAGCUUGUUUUUUUUUUCUCAACACAAUGGAAAAUUACAUUUUAAUGCAAAAACAACAGAGUGCCAUAUUCAUUCAGUCUUAUUUUUAUUUAUUAUUUUAUUAAGCAAGAGCAAUAGAAUUCCCUUCAAACAACUCAAAGUUAUGAACUCAGCAUGAACUCAAGAGAACAAAGAGGAUGAGUCUUGAUGUUUGAACUGAACACAGUGAUUCUUUGAGAAAAGAAUGACAUGUCUUUAUGACUACUGUAUAUAAUGAUAUUAGAAACACCAGUGCAUACUUUAACUUUUUUUUACUUCCUAAUCUUAACCUGUGGAUGUUACUUAAUUUCAGUGUCUUGCAGUUGGUGAUAAGUUAAUGCAUACAUAAAGGUACUGAAGCAACAUAUCUGUUUUAUUUUUUUUAAGGGUGUGCUCAUGUAUAUGACUGAUGUACUUGAUGUGUCUGCAUAUCAACACAUGAAUUGAGACACAGAUAUAACUGACAAAAUUCACCAUGCGUCUGUAUAAAAUGCCUUACAUUUUCAGUUUUAAUUGCUUUUGCACCUCUUAAAUGUGUACAAAAUUAUGAGUCAUCAUCAGAUCUACGGCUCAUCAAUCAUAUUACAGAAUUUCACAUUCAGAGAACAUAUAUUUAAACUCUUAAGCACAGGUCCUGUUGCAUUUCUUGUUAUAAUGUGUUACAGCCAAACUUAUACAGUAAGUGCUUUUGUACAGUGGUAAUUUCAUAGUAGAACAUGUAGUCACUUGUGUAAUGUGAGCCAAAUGGAUGCUAUGGUCUGGUCUUUAUGAACUAUUAAACACAAAAACAGAUUUGGUGAUGAAUUUUCUUGAUCUCUUCACUUUUGCAUCAAAUGUAUAUUUUUUGUGGAUAUCUACAUUACUGUAAAACAGGUUUAAAUUAUGGUCCUUAUUAUAGCAAAUUUCUGUUCACUUAAUAUUAGAUAAGCUCAAAGAAUAUUGAUUUGUUGAAGUAUAAUACAUUUGCAAUGACAAUGAUAAAAAGUUUAAAUUGUUAUAAUUAUUAUUUCUGUCUGAACCUCACAAGCAAUUAAUCAGAUGGGGUUAAUCUUCAUUUUAGCAGAACCUAUUUUAUCCCUCUGUCUUUUUAUUUGAAUCAAAUUUUCAUCUCUUCUCCAGAAAAAAGAACCUUUGAAGGAUAUCUAAGUUGUAAUCACUACAUCUGUUGUGAUUCGUGUUCUGGUAGAUAAGUGAUAAUGUGGACCAUUUUCUAAACAAGCUUUACAUAUCAGUCAGGCCUAACACAGAUAUCAUAAAUGGGAAGAGAUUUUGUAACUGCAGCAGAGCUUGUCACACAAACACCUAGCAUUCUAUGCAUGUGGGAAGAAAAAUACAUUAUGCAU